AGUUAUUAAAACCGAGCGAAAUUUCUUCGUGCCGCCAGGCAGGCGGCAGACCUCUCGUACGAAUUGAGAUCCCUCAAGGGCCUCAACUACUCUCUCUCUUUGUGGCGUUUUAAAACCCUAAAACUCACCAUCCCAAGAGGUCCAAUCUCUCUCCCUGCUAACCUCUCACUAAAGCCAGUCCUUCUGCAGCUCACUCAUGGCUGAAGCUAGGGACCAAGGCGAACCCACAUUUCCAGCGAAGCGCAAACCCGAUCUCAGCUGCGGCGACCAGCCCGACUGCCCCAACAAAACCCAGAAGCUUGAAGUUCCCGAUGACAGUCCGUCGGCUGCGGAAGCUAAAAGUCAAACCCCAGAAAAUUUCAACAACAAUUCCUCCGCUGGCGAAGAGAAAACCUGUAAGUUUGAAGCCAAUGCUGACCUCGAAGACGAAGACGAGGAGGAAGAUUACGAAGAAGAAGAAGAAGACGAUGAAAAGUCUAAUGGGAAGGCGGAGGUGGAUCGGAAGGGGAAGGGGAUUAUGAGAGAUGACAAGGGCAAAGGGAAACUGGUAGAAGAAGAUGACGACGACAGCGACGAUGAUUCGAGCGACGGCGGAAGCGAAUUCGAAGACGGAGACAGCGAUUUGUCGGAUGAUCCUCUUGCAGAGGUCGAUUUGGAUAACAUUCUUCCUUCGAGGACUCGGAGACGGCAGGUGCAGCCUGGAGUUUACAUUGCUAAUGACAUUGCAAAUGAAGUAGAAGACGACAGUGAUGACAGCGAUGAUUGAGUUGAGGAGGAAGGUCAGUAAAAAUUGACAUUAUGUUUCGGAAAGUAGUAUUAGUAGUAUUAGUAGUAAGUGAUUCGAUGAGGCUAUGCUAAUUAGUUGCUGUAUUGCGGCCAAGGCUGUGAAUACUUUAUGUUACUCAAUCCAAGUAUCUUCCUUUUAGUCCCUAUUGGAUUGUAUCAUUUCGUCGGUAUUUUCCUCCUUCAAGUUCAUAUUUGAAGUGUGUAUGCAUGUGUUAUACUUUAA